GAAUAUAAACAGAUACAUAAAUAUGCAACCGGUUUUUGUGGAUUACUUUUAAAAACAGGUCGGUGUUACCAACGUUCUUCAGUUUUCAGUGAUUACCCGUUUAGUUUACGAACGACAAGCAAAAAUGUUUACUGGAAAUUUUAAUUUGUUUCUUUGUGUCAUUUUAUGUUUGUUUUUAAAUUUGGGAGAUACUUUAAGAUUAAAACGUCAAUGGGAUUGGAAUGAUCAAACUCCGCGUACCCCAAUCCCAACACCAACGACAAGGAGGUCUACAACAACAUCUACAACAUCUACAACACCUCCUACAACAACAUCUACAACACCUCCUAAAACAACAACUGAUGGAAAACCACCAUCAAUUUGUGUACCAACACCUCCGCAAGAUGUUUAUUGUUUGGACAAUCAAGAAAUUAUUCCAGAAUGUAUAAGAAAUUGCCUUGCACAUAUCAUAGAUCAAUAUAACCCAGUUUGUGGGACAGAUGGCUGUAAUUAUCGUAACAAAGGAAGGUUGAAUUGUGCUGUAAGAUGUUGCAAGAAAGACAUCAAAGUUAAUUAUGAAUCAGUUUGUUAAAUAUAGCCGGGGAUGAUGCAUCGUUUAAAACUAUGAUAUUAUUUUGUACUUUUAUAUUUCUCGUGUUGCUUUAAACGUAUUUAAGUUGAAAUUAUAACACUAAUUUUUUAAAUAAACAAUUUAUUCACUUA